UAUUCAGUGUUCGUGGACAGGUGAAGCGCGCUGGUAAUAUUAUACGAUCGUGCAAUACAAUAAGACAGGACAAAAAAAACUAGUAAUAUGUGUAUGGGUAGUGUUCCGGUGUUGUGGCGCGUCGUCUACGCAUGCGCGGCAAUGGCAGCAGUCGCUGCCGUUACGCCCGCGACUGUUGAUACAACUGUGCAAAAAGAUGGACCGGUGACAGUGACUCCGGCAGGUACCAUCCGCGGCUCGUGGAUGAGCACGCGGCGCGGGCGCCGCUUCCAGGCUUACCGCGGCGUGCGCUAUGCUCACCCGCCCACCGGGGAACUACGCUUCCAGCCGCCGAAGCCGAUCCUCCAGUACGACGGCGAGGUAGACGCGAGCCAGGAGGGCCCGGCUUGCCCUCUCCCCGCGCCGCCCUCCUACUACGUCGAUGAGGACUGUCUGCGGCUUAACGUGUACACUCCCACAAAUAAGAGGUCAGCAAAGUUGCCGGUGAUAGUGUUCAUCCACCCAGGCGGGUUCUACUCCAUGACGGGCCGCAGCGACCUCGCCGGGCCGCACUACCUUUUGGAGAAGGAUUUGGUGUUGGUCACCCUCAACUACCGCCUCUCUGCACUUGGUUUCAUAAGCACUGGCGACGAGGUGGCUCCGGGCAAUAACGGCAUGAAAGACCAGGUGAUGGCGCUACGCUGGGUGCAGCGUAAUAUAGCGGCGUUUGGCGGCGACCCCGGCCGCGUCACCGUCGCGGGCGUCAGUGCCGGCGCCAUCAGCGCCACGCUGCAUAUGAUCUCACCCAUGACCAAGGGUCUAUUCCACCGGGCGAUCUCAAUCAGCGGCUCGGCGACGGGCAAAGAGCCAACACCACCUCACCAGCGCCACCUGGCGGAAAAGCAGGCGCGAUUGCUCGGCUGUCCGACAAAUUCUUCGCGUGCUAUUAUCGACUGCCUCAAGACCAAACCUUGGAAGGAACUCGGAGACUCGUACCCAAAGUUCUUUGAGAUCGGCUACGACCCUGUGGGUCUGUGGGGCCCGGUGGUGGAGCCGGCGGCGGGGCAGGAGCGCUACCUCGACAUGGACGCCUCCCUAGCGGUCUGCUCCGGCCGGAUGCACGCUGUACCGCAAAUCAUUAGUGUUACAACUGAUGAGUUUUCCUGGUUCGCACGCAACAUCCUGAAGAACGAAACCCUAUUGAAGCGUAUGAACGCGGAGUGGAAGCAGCUGGCGCCGAUAUCGUUCAUGCUGCCGCGAGAGAACUCCUCACACGCCGUGGAGGAGUUGACGUCGCACUACUUGCACGACCGCCCGCUGGCGAAUGACGAGGCCAGUGCUAAAGGCAUGGGCAACCUCUAUGUUGACUCCAUUAUGGGCUUCCCCAUACGCAGGAUGUUGAAUCUGAUGGCACAGUACUCGCCAGAACCAGUCUAUUUCUACGAGUUCGCCUACAUCGGCAACCACAGCCACUGGGAAGAUCCGGACACCAAGAAACCAGUCGGAGCCAUGCACCAUGACGACAUGCUGUACCUGUUCACGCUGCCGUACCGCUUCCCGACCAUCGAGCUCGGCACCAAGGAUGAUGAGAUGGUGUCCCGUAUGACUGCCAUCUGGUACAACUUCGCCAAAUACGGAGAGCCGACGCCCCGUCAGUCAGAACUGGGCGAUUUAUCUUGGCCGGCGGUGACCAGCCGCGAGCGCCGCUACCUGCACAUUGACAGCGAGAUGGAGCUGCGCACCCUGCAGGAGUACCGGUACGCGAUCUGGGAACGACUGUACCCCGACCAGUCCUGUCCUGCUCACUAAAUACUAUCUAACACUGUCGAUGUCCUCAUUGAAUACAGCUUGAUUAAGGCGACAGAAUUUUCCUGAUACAUUUCUUUCGUAUUACGUAUAGACGGGACAUCCUUCGCCCCGCACCGAUCUUAUAUUAAUUUGCAUCUGAUGUAUAUGAUUGGUUAUUUGCAAAUAAAUGAAUUGAAUUGAAUUGAAUCCAAGCUCCUCACCCCACCCCCGAUAUCUGUUACUUGACUUGAGUUACCAAAACGUACGGUCACGAGCAUUAAUAUGUAACACGUUGGUACCAUGUCACAUUAACUUUUUUGACAAAUUGAACUGUAAGUCUCACUAAAUGUCAAAAAUGUUAGUGCGACAGAGUCCUAAAGUGGGUACAUUAUAUUGCUCAUGCAUGACUGUACGUUACCCAAUGUUGCGCGUGUACACUACAUCUAAGUAAGAACCAGAUUUUAGCAUUAUUUUAGUACAGCAAUAAAGUUAUAAGUAUGACCUUUUCUGCCUUAUUAUGUCCUGUCAUAUUGAUCAUGCUAUAUUUGAUGUGGUGUAGCGACGCUGGUGUGAAAUAUAUAUACUUGUACAUGCUGGUGCUGCCACUUGUGGCCUAGUGGUGUAACAUUUAAAUAAAACCUGUUUGACAUUGA